AUGUCUGCCCAAACGGCCUAUCCCAACCCCCAGGAUUCACAACGCGAACAUAUUUUAUCACUCAAAGUAAUGCGUUUAUCUAAACCUACAUUAGGGCAAACGCAUCCAGUAUAUUACGAGAAUUCUUCUAUGAUAUCGAAUGCACUCGAAUCUCUCGCUUCCACUGAAUUGAUAGCAAAGCAGGCAACUCCAACCCAGAAAAUACCUCUGCGUGAUCUCGGAGUAUCCUCAUUACUCUCGAUACCAUCCUCGUUCGGUAUUAUCUAUCUGGGCGAAACAUUCGAUUUUUAUUUAUGCAUCAACAAUGAUUCCACUCAAUACGCCUAUAAUGUAUCAGUGCGAGCAGAACUUCAAACUUCCGCUCAGCGCUUUUGUCUAAUCGACACUAAUGAUAAACCGCUGGCUACACUCGAGUCAAGUAAAGCGAGCGAAUUCGUAGCUCAACAUGAAAUCAAAGAACUUGGCGUGCAUACUCUGGUUUGCACGGUCGGCUAUGUGACCGAGGAAAAGGAGAAAAAGUCGUUUAGAAAAUAUUACAAAUUUCAGGUUAUGAAUCCAUUGGCUGUCAAGACAAAGGUUAACAACAUGGCUGACGGAAAGGUGUUUCUCGAAGUGCAGGUUCACAAUGUGGCGGAGAGGGUCAUGUAUUUGGAGAGAAUGAAGUUUGAACCUGGAGAUAUUUUUACGUAUAAUGAUUUGAACCAUGUUGUGGAAGAAGGCGAGAGUGAGAACCGCGAAACUAGGGGUGAGGAUACAAAGGACAUUUUAUCAAACGUGGGUGGACAUACUGAAGGGCAAAAGGACACUACAAACGUUGUGGGAACUGUGUCGAGUAAUUCGACAUCUGCCGGUAAGGACGGUAUUAGCAAAAAGAGCAUUUUCGGCGCCUAUAAUUAUCUCAACCCGCAAGACAUCCGUCAAUAUCUCUACAUGCUUAAUCCCAAAUCUGAUGUUGACGACCGCGUUGCGCGCACAACCAAUGCGCUGGGCAAACUCGACAUAAUCUGGCGCUCUUCCUUUGGAGAAACGGGGCGUCUUCAAACUAGUCAACUCACGCGGAAACCCUUGAUUCUGGAAGAUAUUGAUCUUUCUGUCGUAUCUGUUCCUGAUGUUAUACGAUUAGAGUCACCGUUUACGAUUUCGUGUAAAGUACGUAAUAGAACGACAUCGCUAUUGAAGAUUGUUGUGACAGCAGUAAAGAAUAAAAUGGGGGCCGUAUUACUGGCAGGUGCGAGCAGCAAGUAUUUGGGAGAGUUGAGUCCGAAUGGAGUCGUGCAGUUUGACAUGGAAUUUUUUCCUCUUGCGCCUGGAUUACAACGGGUUGGCGGGCUGAGGGUGUUGGAUGUAAUUGGUGGGUAUAGUAAAGAUGUGGAGCAUUUGACGGACAUUUUUGUCAGGUUUGACGAUUAA